GAUAUAAACAUGUAAAUGAAGCCUUCUCCUUCAUUCAUUGUAUAUUUUAUCUGUGACACUUGUGUUUGAACUGACAUAUAGUUUGACGUGUCAAAUGUCAAGGGAGUCGUUGAAUAAAUAACGUUACAUGAAGAAUAAACUAAAAUAUAAAGAUAUACGUGGAAUAUUAGCCUUAAAUGUUGUUUCUCUUUUCAGAGCAACACAAAUUGGUUUUUUAUUUCACCGUGUCUCAACGGACACAAUAAGAUAUUAUAAAACAACAUUUCUACGGCUAUUGAACAACCAUGGAAAAACUUAAGUUUGAAUUUGUUGUGAAAGCGGGUGAAGAUCCGAAAACAAAUGUAUGCUGCAUGACGUCGAUUACGAAUGCCGACAAGAAUAUUUUUUUGAUUCCUGAGAAGUUGCAACCAGUAAGAUUGCACGAGAUGAUUAUUAAAACUCCAGCAUACGAAAAGGUAAAACUCACGUUACAAAGAAGACAUGAUAAGAGACAAGUAUGGAUAUCGAUGACACCAGAACAGCUCGAGGUUUAUAUGGAUGAAGACGGAAAUAUGCAGUUUCAAGGAUAUUUGUUAGAAGAGAUUACAGUUAGACCUCAACUACAAGCAUCAGCUGCGGGUAUUUCAGAAGAGGCCCUGGCAAAGAUUUUGGAAAAUUUUGCUGAUAAAAAGAAGGAUAUAUUCAAGCAUCAGAACGUAAAGAAGCAGACCGAGAGAAUGGUUUUAGAUAAAUUUACCAAUAAAACGACGAAUGCAAGUCAAUGGCUAACUACUUUUGAGACUGAGUGCCGUCGUGUAGGAAUAGAAGAGGAUAUACCGAAGAUUGAGGCGCUGAGGUUGUUUUUGGAAGAUUCCUGUUUGGACUGGUACAGGUCAAUGAUAAUUAAAUUUACAGUGGACUCAGAGUGGUCGCAAUGGAAGAAAAUGUUUUGUGAAACUUAUGCGGACAAAGGUUGGUCGCCGGUCAGGUAUGCAAUGUUUUUUAGAUAUAGACAGGGAUCUUUACUUGAAUAUGCCAUAAAAAAAGAAAGGCUUUUGCUAGAGAUAAAUAAAAGGAUGGAUAAGUCUACGUUGAUAGAUCUUAUUGCUAUUGGCUUGCCAAUAUUUGUGGCUGAUAGGUUAGACAGAGAAGAUCUAAAGGAAACCGAGGAUUUAUUUAAUAGUCUCAGAGGUUUAGAGCACUUGGUGAGCAAGAAAAUAAGACUAAAGAGAAGAAUGGAAAGGACUAUCAUCCAUGCAGAAUUUGUGAAAAAGAAAAUAAAGGAAACCGGUAUCAUCCCGAAUCCUUAUGUUGGUUUAAAAAUAAGAAUAAUGACGGACCAAAACGGGAGCAAAUAA